CGUUGCCCCGUCAACAAGGGGCACCGUUUACUUUGCCUGCUAAUUUUCUACUACUUGUGCAAGGACUGUACCUAUUUCAUACAAGGGCAUUCUAUCUUUUCAUUAAAGAAACCCAACAUCCAUCCCAACUGUUUUUCUUCAUACACAAACAAAGAACGUUAUCACAGAUCAACUUCUACACUCUCUACACUCGAGUAUCACGCUCUCACACGAACGCCUCUACACUAUCUUCUCACAACACUUUCAUCAUGUCAGCCAAGGUUCUCGCCGAUAAGGACGUCAACGCUCCCAUGACUGAGCAGCCAGUUACCAAAGACGUUAAGAGCAUGGAGUACCAUCGCCAGGUUCUCCAGUCCAAGAUGGCUGAGGAAGAGACUGCCAACAAGUACGUCUCGCCUUCAGACAACAUCAUGAGCCCUUGCUCUGCAAAGAUCAAUGCUCUACGAAACAAGCACGCCAGCAAGGCCAAGCCUAAGUCCUUGUUCGCCCAAGCGAGCGCUAAGAAACUCCAGGGCGACAAUCCCUUGGGGGCAAAGCCAGCACCAGCCAAGGCCGGUUUCCAGCUGUAAGAGAGUCAGCAAUACGUCUCUUCUUUCCGGGUAAAACAUGUCCACAUUUCAUGGGCACGGCUUUUGCUUUUGUUGGCUAUGGUCUACUAGUCAUUGGUGUUUAUUGAUCCGCUGGAGGUCAGGAUAACGGCGUUAGGGGUUCACUUGACAUACACAUACACACAUUGUAUUGGUGAUACAGGUUAUGGAAACUUUGGCUUGAUAUGAUGCGAUGACAGGGUUUGGCUUGCCUUUCUUUUCUGGUGGCCUUUUUAUGUACAAUUUUAACAAUGAAACAUGUUUUUCAGUUCUGAA